CGCAGAACAAACAGUGAUUAUACUUUCUGGUUCUUUCUCUUGCUGCCCUCCUUCUUCCUUUUCUCUCUUUCUUCUCUUUCUUAUUGUUUUAUUGUGCCCGCUGGAAAAUUGAUAGUGCUCUUCUUCUACUACUUAUUGACCUCAAGUCUCUUAUCUCGUUUGCCUCAAGAAAUCCAUGACCGCCACCACCGAACACUUUAUAUUGCAGGAUCUGAACGAUCCAAGCAGAACUGACAUGGACAUGACCCUCCAUACCGAUGCCUGCAUGUGCUGUCAGCCUACCACAGCGCAGCAGAGUGCCAAGAGCUUUGCACUGUGCAAACAAUGCAAAAUGGACCUUGCCUACACCCAACAGGCCUACCUCUUUUACACGCAAUCGCCCAUCCAUCACACCCUUUCUAACGCUACUAUCACCUACGACUCUAUGUACAAGGACGUCCAUGAAUUUGUUAAACGUGAUGUGUUCCUGGCACCAGCACCACCAGCGGCGGCGGAGAGUGAUAGCGAUUAUGAAACGGUCUCAACUCCGAUAAUGGUGCAACAAGAAGAUCCAGCUUUCCUUUUAGAGGAGGCGCACAGCCUAUUUGGAGUUGACGGCUUAUUGUCGCAAAAAUUACACAAACACUCGACGAUUGCGAAGGAUAAUAACAAGCAGAACCUCUUGGAAGACUUGCCGACGCCUCCUGCCGCCAUGUCGGAUUCGGAGGAUGCAGAAUCCUACAUGGUGUGUAGGAAACGGAAGCGUUCUGAACCCAACUUAGUGUCUCGAGUUGAUACUCCUCCCACAUCACCUAUUUUCGUUACUGUAUCAGACCCUUCAGAUCAAGAUCACCUUGGGUAAGAUAGGAGCUAUGAAAAGUUGGGCAGCACAUAAACU